AUGCCUUCCGUGAUGGAAAAAUCCGGCCCGGCCUCCGGGAUCCUGUCGAGGAGCCGGGCGAAAUCGGCCACCAAUGGCAAUCAUCAGACCUCGGAGGAUGAGAGCAGCGAAGAAGAGCAUUCGCACGACAGCAUGAUUCGGGUGGGGGCUGAUUACCAAGCUGUGAUCCCUGAGUGCAAGCCAGAAAGUCCCGCUCGCUACAGCAACAAGGAGCUGAAGGGGAUGCUGGUCUGGUCGCCCAACCACUGCGUGUCAGAUGCCAAAUUGGACAAAUACAUUGCAAUGGCCAAGGACAAGCACGGCUACAACAUUGAGCAGGCCCUGGGGAUGCUGCUGUGGCACAAGCAUGACGUGGAGAAGUCUCUGGCUGACCUGGCCAACUUCACGCCCUUUCCAGACGAGUGGACAGUGGAGGACAAGGUGCUAUUCGAGCAGGCGUUCAGCUUCCAUGGCAAGAGCUUCGCGCGCAUCCAGCAGAUGCUCCCCGACAAGCUGAUCCCCAGCCUGGUGAAGUAUUACUACUCCUGGAAGAAGACAAGGAGCCGCACGAGUGUCAUGGACCGACAGGCCCGCCGGUUGCUCAGCAAGAAGGAGAGGGAUGACAGUAACGACGAGAUGGAGGAGGGACGGGCAGCCAGCGAGGGGGAGUUUGAUGCCAUGGACCCCAAGAAGGAGCCGAGCUACCAGAAGCUGCCGAACAGCCGGCCGGGCCCAGGAUCGGGCUCAGGGCCUGUGAGGAAGGAGGCGCAGCUGUCGCAGUAUCGGCACCACCCACUGCGCUCACGCCGGCGCCCCCCCAAGGGCAUGUACCUGAGCCAGGAUGACAUCGCUGGCAUCUCAGCCAGCCCUGACGUGGGCACCCUGGCGCUGCGCCACCUCGACUCACAGCUCGUCUCCCUCAAGCGCCAGGUCCAGUGCAUCAAGCAGAUCAACAGCAGCAUGAAGCAGGCCCUGGAGGGUGGGAUCGACAAGCUGCGGCCCCCUGAGGGGAACGGCAAGUUCAACUCGCGCUGGACAACGGACGAGCAGCUGCUGGCUGUGCAGGCCAUCCGCAGGUACGGGAAGGAUUUCCAGGCCGUGGCUGGUGUGAUUGGCAACAAGACGCUGGCCCAGGUGAAAACCUUCUUCGUCAGCUACCGGCGCCGCUUCAACCUGGAGGAGGUGCUGCAGGAGUGGGAAGCUGAGCAGGGGGGCUCCCCAAGGGGCCGCUCCCCCCCCCAUGACACCAAGAGCUCCAGCGUCUCACUUGCCAGCAGCGAGGAGGACGAUGAGGUGCAGAUCACAGCUGUGUCCCGCUCUGCCCAGCAGCAGCCGCAGCCCCCAGCAUCCACUGCAGCGGCUCCGCCCUCUGCCUCCCCCCAGCUGCCACCCACCACGCUGUCGCAACCUCCCCCCUUGCUGCGGCCCACGCUGCCCACAGCGCCCACGCUGCACCGCCAGCCACCCCCUCUCCAGCAGGGACGCUUCCUGCAGCCCAGACUGUCGCCCAACCAGCCGCCCCCGCCACUCAUCCGGCCUGCUGCCUCCCGCCACCAUGGGCGGGGGCCCCAGCACCCCUCCUCGCUGGUGGGCGUGGCCCUGGAGCCCCCUCCCCCGUCCUCCUCCAGCUCCCUCUGA